GGGGGCAAGAGGCAGGGAGAGAACAAUUGUGGAAGAGAGAGAGGGAGUGGAGGAGAGGGCCAGGGAGAUUGAGAACAAUAUUGUUGAGAUAAGAAAGAGAGAACGGGAGAAAGAGUGGGAGAGAGAGUGGGAGCGGGAAAAGGAGAGAGAAAGAGGGGGAAACAGGGAAUGGGGGAUAGAGAGGGAGAGAAAAAUUGAGAAUGAGACCAAGAGAGAGGAGAGAAGGGAGCCAGGGAUGGAGAAGGAGAACAUUUUAGAAGGGGAAAGGGGGAGAGGGGGAGAGAUAGAGAAAAACAGUGGGAGUGAAAAUGAAAGAGAGACGUUAUGGGAAACGAAGGUGGAAACCGAGGAGAGUCAGGGGGAUAAGGUAAGGGAGAAGGAUCUGGAGCAUGAGAGUAGAGAGAAAGAAGAGAGAGGGCGGGGAAAUAGGGAACAGAUCGGGGAGAAGGGACAACAUCAGGUGGAGAUAGAGAGGGAAAGGGAGGGGAAGAUAGAGAAAGAGAGUGAAAAAAAGAAAGAGAAGGAGAGGCAGAGCCAACAUCCUUGGCAAGGGAAGAAGACCCAGGGAGAGAAAGAAUGGCAGAAGAAGAAAGAGAGAGAGAAGCAAACCCCGAGCCACAGACAGACAGAAAAAAAGAAAGAGAAUCAGAGAGAGGAGACAGUAAAGAAGAUAGAGAAAGUGGUAGAAAAAAGAGUCCAAAAAGUGCAGAGACACAGCAUAGUGGUGAUGACAGAUGGGUCAAGUGAUAAUCAGGACAUAGCCUCAACUAGCCCAAGCACUGGUUUGACACAGGGCUCAAUCCCCAGACCUCACUCCUCAGGACCAGACCAAACAUCCACCUCCAUCUCAGGCCCUGCCACCAAUCCCAGCCCAGGAUCUAGAUCAGACACUGCCAGUGGAUAUAUUCCAAGUCCUUCCUCCAGCUCAACCUCUAGCCCAAGAUUUUCCUCCAUCUCCAGCACAAGGAAAAGCUCAAUUCUUUACAUAAGCUCAAGUCAAAGGACCAUCUCCUCUUUACCUCGCCAAGGAGCCACCAGGUCUGACCCCAUCACAACCCCAAGUUCAGGCACCAGCUACAGGACUGACAGAACCAUCCCAAGUAUCAAAACAAGCUCAAACCAAACAACCAUCAGCUCAUCAAAAAGGAUUAUUAGCCCAAGAAACAGACCUUCCCAGAAGUACAAGCCCAACCAAACUAUCCAGGCCAUCAGACCUGGCCUUAAGCCCAUACCACCCAGCCUGACUAGCUCCUCCAACCUCAGCUCACGGACCACCACCAGCUCCAGCACUGCACGGACAAUGACUGACAAAAACCCAGGACCCAGCCCAACAAUUACCAGGUCAUGGUGGAACCCAAGGCCUAGCACAAAGCCAAAAUCUGGGCCACAGCCCAGUCCAGGCCUAAAGCCCAGACACAGCGUAAAGCCUAAAGAUGAACGAAAACCUAAACCAGGCGAAAAGCCAAUCUCAGGCCUUAGACCUAAACCUGGACCAAAACCAAAGCAUGUCCUAAAGCCCAGGCCACCCAGCCCAACCAGCUCCUCCAGCUUCAAUCAGAAGACCGCUUCCAGAACUGACUCAACUUCAACCACCACCACUAGCCUUAUCCCUGGGAUCAGCUUUACAAGACCCAGUCUACAGACCACUAAGACAAGUACCAACCAAAGCAGCACCACACUGGGACACUCUUCAGCCACCACCACUAGUCCUAGCUCAAAGAUUACCAGCCCAAGCUUCAAGAUGACUAGUUCCAGGCCUGGGGCAAGCAGUAGCAAUAGCCCAACUCCAGGAACUUCAACCACUGCUCAAUAUAGCCCUAGGGCCACCAGUCCAAGCGCCAGAAUUGGGUACUUGUCAACCCCCAGACCCGGUCUAAAGCCAAAACCAGGAGCAAAGCCUAUUCCAGGCCCCAGAACCAAACCUGGACCAAAACCAAAGCCCAUACCAUCCAGCUCUGUCCCAGCGAUCACUCCCAGACCUGGCUCAACUCCAGACAACAGCACAAGCCUCAGCCCAAAUACCACCAGUCCAGGAUCCUAUAUUACCAGCUCCAGCCCAAGGAUUAGUAAUACAAGCCAUAGUCUAGGGAGUCUUAACAGCACAAUGCCAAGACACUUUCCAGCAACCACCACUAGCCCAACGACUUCCAGUUCAUGCAUCCAGACUAGCUCUUCCAGCUCAAGUUCAACUCCAGCAAUUACGACCACCAUUAGCCGCAGCCCAGGAACCAGCUUCACUAGCCUCAUCUCAAUGACCACCAGUAGCAGCACCAGCCCUGAGAUGACACCUGCCCAAAACCCUGAACACAGCACAAUGACUACCAGAACUUGGAUUACGCCCAGACCUGGCCUAAAGCCCAAACCAGGAGCAAAACCCAUUCCAGGCACCAGACCUAAACCUGGACCAACACCAAAGCCUGUCCUAAAGCCCAGACGACCCAGCUCAUCAAGCUCUAGCCCAAAGACCAAUCCAAGAACUGGCUCAACUUCAACCACCACCACUAGCCUUAGCCCUGGGAUCAGCUGUACAAUACCCCGUCUACAGACUACUAAGACAAGUACCAGCGAAAGCAGCACCAGACCGGGACACUCUUCAGUACCCACCACAAGCCUUAGCCCAAAGAUUUCCAGUUCAAGGAUACCGACCAGCUCUUCCAGCUCAAAUUCAACUCCAGCAACUACAACCACCACAAGCCGCAGCCCAAGGACCAGCUUCACUAGCCUCAGCUCAAGGACCACCAGUGCCAGUCCCAGCCAUGAGACAACGUCUGCCCAAAACCCUGAACCCAACACAGUGACUACCAGACCGUGGAUUAAGCCCAGACCAGGCCUACAGCCCAGGCCUGGACUAAAGCCUAAACCAGGCACAAAACCCAUUCCAGGCCAGAGACACAAACCUGGACAAAAACCAAAGCAUGUCCUAAAGCCCAGACCACCCAGCCCAACCAGCUCCUCCAGCUUCAACCCUAAGACCACUUCCAGAACUGGCUCAACUUCAACCACCACCACUAGCCUUAGCCAUGGAAUCAGCUUUACAAGACCCAUACUACAGACCACUAGGACAAGUAGGAACCAAAGCAGCACCACACUGGGACACUCUUCAGCCCCCACAACUAGUCCGAGCUCAAAGAUUACCAGCCCAAGCUACAGGACAACUAGUUCCAGCCCUGGGGCCAGCAGUAACAGUAGCCCAACUCCAGGAACUUCAACCCCUGCUAGAUCUAGCCCUAGGACCACCAGUCCAAGUGCCAGAAUUGGGUUAUUGUGGACCCAUAGACCUGGCCUAAAGCCAAAACCAGGUGCAAAGCCCAUUCCAGGCCGCAGAACAAAACCUGGACCCAAACCAAAGCCUGUCCUAAAGCCCACACCAUCAAGCCCAACUGGCUUUUCCAGCUCUGUCCCAGAGAUCACUCCCAGACCUGGCUCAACUCCAGACAACAGCACAAGCCUCAGCCCAAAUACCACCAGUCCAGGAUCCUUUACUACCAGCUCCAGCCCAGGGAUUAGUAAUUCAAGCCCCAGUCUAGGCAGUCUUAGAAGUACAAUGGCAAGGCACUCUCCAGCAACCACCACUAGCUCUCGCCCAAAUAUUUCCAGUUCAAGCAUCCCAACUAGCUCUUCCAGCUCAAGUUCAACUACUGCAACUACAACCACCGCUAGCCGCAGCCCAGGAACCAGCUUCACUAGCCUCAGCUCAAGGACCACCAGUACCAGCUCCAUCCCUGAGACGACAUCUGCUCAAAAACCUGAACCGAGCACAAUGACUACCAGACCUUGGAUUAAGCCCAGACCUGGCAUGAAGCCCAAACCAGGCACAAAACCCAAACCAGUUACAAAACCCAUUCCAGGCCCCAGACUCAAACCUGGACCAAAACCAAAGCCUGUCCAAAAGCCCAGACCACCCAGCCCAACCAGCUCCUCCAGCUUCAACCCUAAGACUGCUUCCAGAACUGGUUCAACUUCAACCACCACCACUAGCCUUAGCCCUGGAAUCAGCUUUACAAGACUCAGUCUACAGAUCCCUAAGUCAAGUACCAACCAAAGCAGCACCACACUGGGUCACUCUUCAGCCACCACCACUAGUCCUAGCUCAAAGAUGAACAGCCCAAGCUUCAAGACAACUACUUCUGGCCAUGGGGCCAGUAGUACCAGUAGCCCAACUCCAGGAACUUCAACCCCUGCUAGAUCUAGCCCUAGGACCACCAGUCCAAGUGCCAGAAUUGGGUCCUUGUGGACCCAUAGACCUGGCCUAAAGCCAAAACCAGGUGCAAAGCCUAUUCCAGGCCCCAGAACAAAACCUGGACCCAUACCAAAGCCUGUCCUAAAGCCCACACCAUCAAGCCCAACUGGCUUUUCCAGCUCUGUUCCAGAGAUCACUCCCAGACCUGGCUCAACUCCAGACAAGAGCACAAGCCUCAGCACAAAUACCACCAGUCCAGGAUCCUUUACUACCAGCUCCAGCCCAAGGAUUAGUAAUACAAGCCCCAGUCUAGCAAGUCUUAGAAGUACAAUGGCAAAGCAUUCUCCAGCAACCACCACUAGCUCUCGCCCAAAUAUUUUCAGUUCAAGCAUCCCAACUAGCUCUUCCAGCUCAAGUUCAACUACUGCAACUACAACCACCGCUAGCCGCAGCCCAGGAACCAGCUUCCCUAGCCUCAGCUCAAGGACCACCAGUACCAGCUCCAACCCUGAGACGACAUCUGCUCAAAAACCUGAACCGAGCACAAUGACUACCAGACCUUGGAUUAAGCCCAGACCUGGCAUGAAGCCCAAACCAGGCACAAAACCCAAACCAGUUACAAAACCCAUUCCAGGCCCCAGACUCAAACCUGGACCAAAACCAAAGCCUGUCCAAAAGCCCAGACCACCCAGCCCAACCAGCUCCUCCAGCUUCAACCCUAAGACUGCUUCCAGAACUGGUUCAACUUCAACCACCACCACUAGCCUUAGCCCUGGAAUCAGCUUUACAAGACUCAGUCUACAGAUCCCUAAGUCAAGUACCAACCAAAGCAGCACCACACUGGGACACUCUUCAGCCACCACCACUAGUCCUAGCUCAAAGAUUACCAGCCCAAGCUUCAAGACAACUACUUCCGGCCAUGGGGCCAGCAGUACCAGUAGCCCAACUCCAGGAACUUCAACCCCUGCUAGAUCUAGCCCUAGGACCACCAGUCCAAGUGCCAGAAUUCGGUCCUUGUGGACCCAUAGACCUGGCCUAAAGCCAAAACCAGGUGCAAAGCCUAUUCCAGGCCCCAGAACAAAACCUGGACCCAAACCAAAGCCUGUCCUAAAGCCCACACCAUCAAGCCCAACUGGCUUUUCCAGCUCUGUUCCAGAGAUCACUCCCAGACCUGGCUCAACUCCAGACAACAGCACAAGCCUCAGCCCAAAUACCACCAGUCCAGUAUCCUUUACUACCAGCUCCAGCCCAAGGAUUAGUAAUACAAGCCCCAGUCUAGCAAGUCUUAGAAGUACAAUGGCAAGGCACUCUCCAGCAACCACCACUAGCUCUCGCCCAAAUAUUUCAAGUUCAAGCAUCCCAACUAGCUCUUCCAGCUCAAGUUCAACUACUGCAACUACAACCACCGCUAGCCGCAGCCCAGGAACCAGCUUCCCUAGCCUCAGCUCAAGGACCACCAGUACCAGCUCCAACCCUGAGAUGACAUCUGCUCAAAAACCUGAACCGAGCACAAUGACUACCAGACCUUGGAUUAAGCCCAGACCUGGCAUGAAGCCCAAACCAGGCACAAAACCCAAACCAGUUACAAAACCCAUUCCAGGCCCCAGACUCAAACCUGGACUAAAACCAAAGCCUGUCCAAAAGCCCAGACCACCCAGCCCAACCAGCUCCUCCAGAUUCAACCCUAAGACCGCUUCCAGAACUGGUUCAACUUCAACCACCACCACUAGCCUUAGCCCUGGCAUCAGCUUUACAAGACUCAGUCUACAGAUCACUAAGUCAAGUACCAACCAAAGCAGCACCACACUGGGACACUCUUCAGCCACCACCACUAGUCCUAGCUCAAAGAUUAACAGCCCAAGCUUCAAGACAACUACUUCCGGCCAUGGGGCCAGCAGUACCAGUAGCCCAACUCCAGGAACUUCAACCACCGUGAGAUCUAGCCCUAGGAUCACCAGUCCAAGCACAAAAAUUGGGUCCUUGUGGACCCAUAGACCUGGCCAAAAGCCAAAACCAGGUGCAAAGCCUAUUCCAGGCCCCAGAACAAAACCUAGACCAAAACCAAAGCCUGUCCAAAAUCCCACACCAAGGAAAACUGGCUCUUCCAGCUCUGACCCAGAGAUCACUCCCAGACCUGGUUCAACUCCAGACAACAGCACAUGCCUCAGCCCAAAUACCACCAGUCCAGGCUCCUGCACUACCAGCUACAGCCCAGGGAUAAGUAAUUCAAGCCCCAGUCUAGGCAGUCUUAACAGCACAACAGCAAGACACUCUCCAGCAACCACCACUAGCCCAAAGACUUCCAGUUCAAGCAUCCCAACCAGCUCUGCCAGCUCAAGUUCAACUCCAGCAAUUACAACCACCACUAGUCGCAGCCCAGGAACCAGCUUCCCUAGCCUCAGCUCAAGGACCACCAGUACCAGCUCCAGCCCUAAGAUGACAUCUGCCAAAAACCCUGAACCCAGCACAAUGACUACCACACCUAGGAUUAAGCCCAGACCAGACCUACACCCCAAACCUGGCCAAAAGCCCAAACCAGGCACAAAACCCAUUCCAGGCCACAGACCAAAACCUGUACCAAAGUCAAAGCCUGUCCUAAAGCCCAGACCACCCAGCCCAACAAGCUCCUCCAGCUCUAGCCCAAAGACCUAUCCCAGAACUGGCUCAACUUCAACAACCACUACUUGGCUUAGCCCUGGGAUCAGACCCAAUCUACACACAACUAAGAAAGGUACCAGCCGAAGCAACACCACACCGGGACACUCUUCAGCCAGCACCAAUAGUCCUAGCUCAAAGAUUACUAGCACAAGCUACAAGACUACUAGUUCCAGCCCUGGGGACAGCAUUAGCAGUAGCUCAACUACAGGAACUACAACCACCACUAGACCUAGCACAAGGACCACCAGUCCAAGCUCCAGAAUUGGGUUCCGGUGGACCCCCAGACCCAGUCUAAAGGCAAAACCAGGUGCAAGGCCUGUUCUAGGCCCCAGACCCAAACCUGGACCAAAAUCAAAGCCUGUCCUAAAUCCCACACCAUCAAGCUCAACUGGCUCUUCCCUAGCCGUCCCAGAGAUAACUUCAAGAACUGGCUCAACUCUAGACACCAGCACAAAACUCAGCCCAAAUACCACCAGUCCAGCCUCCUUUACUACCAAUUCCAGCCCAGGGAUUAGUAAUCCAAGCCCCAGUCAAGGCAGUCUUAACAGCAUAAGGCCAAGACAAACUCCAGCAACAACAACCAUCACUAACCACAGCUCAAGGACCAGCUUCACUAGCCUCAGCUCAAGGACCACCAGUACCAGCUCCAGCCCUGAGACGACAUCUGUCCAAAACCCUGAACCCAGCACAACGACUACCAGACCUAGGAUUAAGCCCAGACCUGGCCUAAAGCCAAAACCAGGUGCAAAACCCAGCCAAAGUAGCACCACACUGGGACACUCUUCAGCCACCACUACUAAUCCUAGCUCAACGAAUACUGGCCCAAGCUAUAGGACGACUAGUUCCAGCCCUAGGGCCAGCAGUAGCAGUGGCCCAACUCUAAGAAAUUCAACCACCGCUAGAUCUAUCCCAAGGACCACCAGUUCAAGUGCCAGAAUUGGGUCCUUGUGGACCCCCACACCCAGCUUAAAGCUAAAACCAGGUGCAAAGCCUAUUCCAGGCCACAGACAAAAACCAGGACUGAAAUCAAAGCCUGUCCUAAAGCCCACACCAUCAGGUUCAACUCCAGCAACUACAAUUACCACAAGCCGCAGCUCAGGGACCAGCUUCACUAGCCUUAGCUCAAGGACCACCAGUACCAGCUCCAGCCCUGGGAUGACAUAUGCCCAAAACCUUGAACACAUCACAAUGACUACCAGACCUAGGAUUAAGCCCAGACCUGGCCUAAAGCCCAAAGCAGGUGCAAAACCCAUUCCAGGCCCUAGACCCAAACCUAGACCAACACCAAAGCCUGUCUUGAAGCCCAGACCACUCAAACCAACCAGCUCAUCUAGCUCUAGCCCAAAUACUUAUCCAAGAACUGUCUCAACUUCAACCACCACCACAAGCUUUAGCCCUGGGAUCAGCUUUAUAAGACCCAGUCAACAGACUACUAAGAAAAGUCUCAGCAAAAGCAGCACCACACCGGGACACUCUCCAGUAACCACCACUAGCGCUAUCCCAAAGACUUCCAGUUCAAGCAUCCCGACCAGCUCUUCCAGCUCAAGUUCAACUCAUGAAGCAACAACCACAACUAGCCGCAGCCCAAGGACCAGCUUCACUAGCCUCAGCUCAAGGACCACCAAUACCAGCUCCAGCCCUGAGACAAUGUCUGUCCAAAACCCUGAAACAAACACGACAACUGCCAGACUUAGGAUCAAGCCCAAACCUGGCCUACAGUCUCGACUUAACCUACAGCCCAAACCUGGCCUGAAGUCUAAACCUGAACUAAAGAACAAACCAGGCGCAAAGCCUAUUCCAGGCCUAAGGCCUAAACCUGGACCACAAUCAAAGCCCAUCCUAAAGCCCAGACCACCCAGCCCAACCAGCCUCAACCCUAAGACCAGUAACAUAACUCCCACCACUAGCCUCAGCCCUGGGAUCACAAGCCACAGUUGGCAGACCACGCGGACAAGUACCAGCCAAAGUAGCACCACACCAGGCCCCUUUCCAGGCACCACCACAAAGAUUACUAACCCAAGCUACAAGACCACUAGUUCCAGCCCUGGGGUCAGCAUCAGCAGUAGCAGUAGUGGUAGCCCCACUCCAGGAACUACAACCACUGUUAGACCUAGCUCAAGGACCACCCAUCCAAGCUCCAGAACUAGGUUCUGGUUGACUCCCAGACCUGGCUUACAGCCUAAACCAGGCUUAAGGCCUAUUCCAGGACCCAUACCUGGACCAAAGCUCACACCUGACUUAAAGCCCAGACCACCCAAUCCAACCAGCUCCCCCAGCUCCAUCUCAAAGACCACUCCCAGACCUGGCUCAACUUCAGACAUCCCCACUAGCCUCAGCCCAAAGACCACAAGUCCAAACUCCAGGACUACCAGCUCCAGCCUUGGGAUUAGCUUUACAACCCCCAGUUCAGGCAGUCUCAGCAGAACCACACCAAGUCACUCUAAAGCAACCACAACCACCACUAGCUCUAGCCCAAAGAUCACCAGUUCAAGCAUCCGGACAGGCUCUUCCAGCUCAAGAAGCAUCACACUAAGCCCAACUCCAGCAACCAAAACCACCACUAGCCCCAGCUCAAGCACCAGCUUCACUAGCCUCAGCUCAAGGGCCACCAGUACCAGCAUCAGUCCUGAGUCAAAGUCUGCCCAACAUCCUGAACCCAGCUCAACAACCCCCAGAUUUAGCAUUAAGCCCAAACCUGGCCUAAAACCCAAACCAGACCAAAAGCACAAACCAGGCCGAAGGCCUAUUCCAAGUUCAAAGCCUAAACCUGGAUCAAAGCUUAAACCAGUCUUAAAGCCCAGACCACCCAGCACGACUAGCUUCUCCAGUUCAGGACCAAAGACCACACCCAAACCCGGCUCAACUUCAACCACCACCACUAGCCUUAGCCCUGGGGCCAGAACCAGCAGUAGUCCCACUCCAGCAACUACAACCACCACCAAUCCAAUUAUCAAGGCCAGCUCCUCCACCACUAACCCCAGCCCAUCAACCAGCUUUACUAGACUCAGCUCACUGAGCAUCAGUGCCAGCUCCGGCCAUGCGACAAAGUCUGACCACAAUCCUAGACCCAGCCCAACGAUCACCAGGUCCCAGUGGAUCCCCAGACUUAGCACAAAGCCAGAAUCUGGGCCACAGCCCAGACCAGGCUUACAGCCCAGACCCAGCCUAAAGCCUAAAGAUGACCUAAGGCCUGAAACUGAACCAAAUCCCAAACCAGGCCCAAGGCCUAUUCCAGGCCUAAGACCCAAACCAAGACCAAAACCAAAGUCUGUCCUAAAGCCCAGACCAGCCAAUCCUACUAGUUCUUCCAGCCCAAAAAUCACUCCCAGGCCUGACCCAUCUCUUACCACUAUCCAUAGCCCAAGCUCCAAAACUACCAGUUCAAGCUUCAGGUCUAUCAGCUUCAGCUCUGGGAUCAGCAUUACCAGCCCCACUCUACGGGACACCAGGACCAGUACUAGUCUAAGCAGCAGCACACAGAGCCACUCUAUAGCCACCAUCAGUAGCGCUGGCCCAACUACCACCAGUCCAAGCAUCCGGAAUGGCCCUUCCAGCUCAAGCCGAAGCAGUACAACACUGAGCUCAUUUUCAGCAACCAGAAUCACCACUAAUCCUGACCCAAAGGUCACUAGUCCAGGAUCCAGGAUGAACUACAGUACCUUCAGGCUCAGCAUGGGGACCAGCACCAGCGGUAGCCCAACUCCAGAACACACAACCACCACUAACACUAGCUCAAAGAUCACUAGUUCAAGAAUUUGGACCAACUCUUCCAGCUCAAGCAGCAAAACAAUCAGUCCAACUCCAGCAACCACAACCUCCAUAAGUUCCAGUUCAAGGACGACCAGUAUCAGCAUCAGUCCUGAGACAAAGUCUGCCCAAAAGCUAGAACCCAGCACAACAACUACCAGACCUGGCCUAAAGCUUAAACCUGAACGUAAGCCUAAACCUGGCACAAAGCCCAAACCAGACCCAAGACAUAUUCCAGACCGAACACCUAAACCUGGACCAAAACCAAAGCCUGUGCUGAAGCCCAGACCUGCUCCAAAGCCUUGGCCCAAAACCACCACCCAAGGUCCAAGGACCACUUCCUCCACACCUAGCCCCAAGACAUCCAAUAGCCAAAGGACUAUGACUGACCCCAGCCCACAAACGGCCACAAGCCCUGGCUCAAGAACUACAAGACCUAACCAACAAACUACCCUCAGCUCUAGCUCAAAAAUCAUCUCUAGCACAAGCCGGAAAACAUCCACUAGCCCUGUCACAAUGACCACUACUAUCGCCAGUCUAAAAAAGACCAGCUCAAGGCAACAAUUUAGCACAAGGCCUAGCCCCAAAACUACCAUUACUAGUCCCAUUCCAUUGGCCAACUCUAACCAUAGCCCUACUACCAGCCCUGACGCCCCUACCCCCAGCCCCGACUCCCCUACCCCCAGCCCCAUACCGGAGUCUUCCACCCCCAGUGUGAGAGAACUGCGGGUGAAGACCAGCCAGGUAUCUGCUAGUCUGAAUGACACAAAGGAUACAAGCGGAGGGCCAAAGGUUUCUCGAGGAGGGCAUCCAAAGGUCCGUCCUGGGCUAAACCUGCUCACAGAGAAGGACCAGGUAGGCAGCAAGACUAACAGGACGGAGAACCAGCCUCAAAGCCCUGCACAGAUUUCACCAGGAGUUACCAUGGCACCCAGAGACUGCUCUGACCACAUGGCCAGGGGGGAGAGGAAUAGCAGAGUCUACCAAGUGACCCCUGACCCUAAGAACGGAACCAUUGCAGUGUUCUGUGACAUGGAGUCUCAUGGCGGAGGGUGGACCGUCAUUCAGCUCCGUCAGGACGGCAGUGUGGACUUCAACCGGACCUGGGCUGAAUACCGGACGGGCUUCGGUGACCUGAUGGUUGGGGAGUUCUGGCUGGGCAACGACCACAUCCACCUGCUGACCCGAAACAGGGUGAUGGUCCUUAGGGUGGAGCUGGAGGACUUUAACGGCAUGAUGGAGUACGCAGAGUACAGGCUCUUCCGUGUGGCUGGUGAGCGGCUACGCUACCGCCUGUCUGUGGGUGGGUACUCGGGAACGGCAGGAGAUGCACUUCAAUUUAGCAAGAGUUACGACCACAACAACAGGUUCUUUACGACUCCUGACAGGGACUAUGACCGCUACCCUUCAGGGAACUGUGGGGCCUACUACAGCUCAGGCUGGUGGUUUGACGCCUGCAUGGCUUCCAACCUCAACGGGAGAUAUUAUGUGGGAAAAUACAAAGGGGUGCGGAACGGGAUCUACUGGGGGACGUGGCAUAACAUAUCCACAGAGUACUACCCGACUAAUGACAGACAAUCUUUCAAGACUGUCAGAAUGAUGAUCAGGCCAAGGGGCUAUGCAAAGUGAUCGGCUGGCUGGCUCCUCGGUUGGCGUUCUCAGCAGUUGCAAUUCUCAAAUAGGGGGCCGGGGACCCCCAUGAGGCCUCCGAGAUUUUUCAAUGGGUCCAUGACAAAAGCAGGAAAAAGCUGAUAAAAUGCUCAAUGUUAAAAAUACGAUUUUUUUAGGGAGGAGCACUGUUUGAUACGCAAAUGAAAACAUUCAGAGUGUAGUGCUGUUUCAUAUCUUGGGGGUUUAUAAUGCCUUUUGUUUAACAAGCAAUUUUAAUAUAUUCCAUCAUUUUAUUUACUCUUUCAAAUAUUAAAUCUCUGAUUCAGGCGGGUCAACAACACCUAAAUCUUCUUAAUUUCUUGAUUAAUAUUAGUGGGCCUCGGAAAAGCCUCUCUGUUGGUAAAAUACUGCCACUUGGUGGUCUGAAACGAAACACCACUUUUUUAUGGUUUCAAAUGGAACACUCAAACUGUGGAAAAGAUGUUCAGAGUUCCUGAAGUAAUUUAUAAGAUGUCUUCUUAUUAUCUAUGUAAGGUUACAGUGUGAAAGUAUUGUUGGAAAACGGUUUCAUAGAAGUCUUUCUCCUGUGACGAGAAAGAGAAAUACUCUUUGAGGAGGGUAAUGAAGAGAUGGACAAAAUCUCUUAAAUUGUACUGGAAUGAUUGACUGACGAUUGAUUGUUGUAAUGUUUUUUUAUUCUCAGUAUUUUUUACGGGAAAAAUGAAAUGAGGUCAAUAAAACAGAAUUUAAUUCCUUU